AAUUGUGAACUUUUAAGAACAGGAGUGAAGUUCAUAGAGAAGUUAAACACGAGUUGCUCUACUAAAUUCUCACGUGCUUACUACACUAGUUACGCAACGUUUUCGAGUAGUAUUCCAUGGAAUAUCCCUCGAGUCUCUUGUAUUUUCCCGGUAUGCACGCGAGCCCUUAGGCGAUUGUGUAUACCAAGAAAAAAAAUUGAAAGUGUUGCAUAAUUAACGUGUUUUUUUAUAGCAAGUCAUAGAACCAAAUCAUAGAGUGGCCAACAAAAUCAGUGUAGCUCAGUACGACCUCCGCGCAGCGCACGAUGGGAAGAUUGGGUGUAUUGCCGUCGAGCAUACAACGGCCUUCCUGUAUUCUGAUUAGCUGCUGGGAUAAAAAUAAAACACUCGCGCGGGUCGACAAAGUCCGCAAGGACGUGAGGUAUGCUAGCGUCACUCCCUUAGUCUUAAGUUCUAUGCUUCCUGGAGGAAACACGGUACGUGAGCCUCUUUUAUUUGCUUUAAAAGUUUAUGAGCAACGAGUUGCCUUUAAAAACGAGUUUCGCUUUUAGUUUGAACACGAGAUAUAGCGCUGAGGAUCGGAAUUUGUUUUUCAAAUUCUUCUUACCGAAAGAGUGUCUAAAUUCCUCCAGCCAAAACACACACCACUUGAUGUAAAAAAGAUAUGCAGUUUUAGUCGUGAAAUUGAAAUUGCACGAAAAGCGAAAAUUCCAGGAUGAAAAAGGUUACUGGCCUGGCUCACACUGACUAGUGACAUAACGACGUAACGACAUUUAAGUCAGUAAUGGGAACAUGGACAUAAAGACAUGAAGAAAGAUUUUUUUUUCACUAUGUCUUGAUAUUCAUGUUGUAACGUUGCUAUUACGUCAUCAUGCCAGAAUGUUCAUACUGCCAACAUCAUGAAAACGACAUCACGUUCUUAUGUCAUAAUGUUUAUUUCGUUAGUGUGAACUACUCUUAACAAUUUCAAGCUGCCCUUGCAUAGAAAACGCCUGAUAAUGGCCUUAGAAUUCAUUAUGAUUCGCGGGCUGCGCCGAGCAACACGCUCAACUCUUUGCUAAGUUAUUGAGGUAGUUGAAGAUUUUUAAGAACACGCGAGAAACACAUAGAGGAGCCACCAAGAACAGCGGAGUGCCUCUCACGUUUUUCAUAGGUGAUUAUACAAGCAAGCAAGAUUAUAUAAUUAAGUUGACUAUUUCUUCUCUUGAUAAAAUGUACUAAAAAUUGCGCUCAUUCAAACUCGUGACUCAGGUCGCGUGCGUUGUAACUCAAUUAAGUACGCGCGUGACGAAGGGCACGCCGCCUUAUGGAGUAAUGUAAUGAACUCGAACUGAGCCGCCGAGCAAUCGUAGAGCACGCAAUUUCUUGAGUCUUUUAUAAAUACUGGAGAUAGAACUGAGUGGGGACCAGUUCGAUCGGUAAUAAUACGACCGAUUAACAAAAACAAAGAGGCCAUUAUGGUCUCUCGCAAAAACUAACGACCUCGUACGGCCCGCGGUUGUCCGAUUUCACCUGGUUUUAAAAAUCACCGUGACCAUGACAGAAUUGGACGACAUGAAGGCUGUGAAGCCCUGUUCCCAAUAAAACAAAACUAUGUAACGAAAUUGUUAAAAAUUCUUACAAGUGUGUUUUGACGAAGAUGCAUAGGAAAAGGACUCUAUUCAAGCACAUCUGUCCAAGAAAAAGCAUGCGUACUGAUGACGCAUAUUCUCCUUAAGAAAUAGUGUACCGUGUUUCUAUCGAGUAAUUAUAAAAACACGAAUGGAACCAAGUUGGGAGAACGAGAAAUGCUAUGGGACCACGAACCAACGGGCGAGUGUUUCGACAGCUUUUUUGAGUUCUCCCAAGUUCUCGAGUGUUUCUAUAACUCGAUAGAAAAACAGAGAACAUAUUUUCUAUUUUCUUGUAGUAAAUUCUGCGACGAAAAAAAGAGAACAACUUGUUUACUUAGAUCAACCAACGCGUUCUAACGUCAAUAUGUCUGUAGCCGAUAUAACGCGCCCUCUGACUGGCCAUUUUUUAGGUAAGAUUCUUCUUUACUGCCCACUGCUACGAGGAGUUAUUGUUAAUGCCCUGUUAAAAAUAGGGUUCGGAUAAGAAAACAUUGGGAAAUACAAUUGAUUACAAAAAGAUGCGAAAGUAAACUAAGACGUUCCGAAGUCAUCUUGACUCCAAUAUCAUCAUGCAAGUAGAGAAAAGAAAACAACGGUCGAGAUGUUAAUUUACAGAUUGAAAGGUGGAAAAAUUCACGAAAGAAAAAGGCAAAACUCAAUACACAGGCGGACUCAAUUCGUUCGAAAGUAUUAAUCUGAGGUUACUACGCACAUAAGAACUCUUAGCCCAUGCUACUCUUUAAUACAUCUUACACCUUUCACACUAUACAUUAACUUCUUUCCUUUUCACUGCUUGAUAAAGGAGUCACGAUGACUUCGAAACGUCGUAGUUCACUUUCGCUUCUUUUUGGAAUCAAUUAUAAAUAGAGUGAAAGAUAAUUCAAGACGGUUGCAUCUUUUUAUCAAAUCCACAACUCGGUUGCAGACGCUAUAGGCCUGGUACCCACUCCCUGCCCCUUUCAUUCCUGCUCUCUACCCCCCCCCCCUCCCACCUCACUGGUACCCACUCCCCGCCCCUUUCAUCCCAGCCCUCCCUUCCCCUCUCCUCGAGGCCGUUGGUUGCAUAGAAUCGUUGAUAAAAUUUUAUCCUCUCGAGUUAAAAACCACAACAGAAAACAUAGUUAGGACUAGCAACUAAACGUAAACAGGGCUGAGACCACAUCACAUCCAAACACACAUCAAGAGGUCCGCAGGAAAAUUACAGACUUAUUUAUGGAAACUCGGGUGGUGUGGAUAAUAAACAACUGCAGGAUCGAGGGAGAAUGUGUAUAUGAUAAAAGACCUAACGUCGACUAGAAAGGGGCAUGACAGUUUGGAUUGGUUUUUGUGCAACCGUUAUUUUAGAUUACAGUUGUCUUGUGUCAACGGCGGCAAUUUGUCCCCGUCAUCAACCGCAACUUGAAAUAAACUAAGCAUUUCCGGCUUAGGCAACCACAAUAUAAACCGCAAGAACGUUUCUACUGAAAGAAGCCGAAUGUUACUCCUGACACUCAAGGUAUAUAUUUUUUUAAAAGCUAUUGAAGCAUGGCGACGCAAUUUAUCAAAUCACGUUUAAUAUGAAAGAUUUUGAAAGACGAACUGGUCUGUACAUGUUAUUGCAAUCAUUAUACAUCUCCUCUUCUUAAAUCACGUGUCGACAGGAGGUUAGCAACCUCUAUUUAGAUCUGUUAGCAACUUUCCGGCACAAUGGUCGACUUCGUAGAAGUGUCAGGGUUCGUACUUCUGUCACUUGCAAAAUGUAAACUGACAUAACGUAUUUAACUUUCCCCACGGCGAUAGGACACGCUUAUUAACCAACGGAUUCUAGCAAAACACAAACAAAUGGUUCUUAAAACUGUUGUGCCCUGCGGUUUUAUUGGCUCAUGGUAAUUGUUUACUGAACAAUAGCCGUUUGGCACCCUAUAUUUUUGUUGCAUAAACCAAUUAGCAUGAAUAAACUAGCGUGAAGUUUAUGUAUCUCACUUUGAAGUUGUUGCAAACAAAUUGCCACUUCAACGUUAGAUAACCAGCUUAGAGACGAGAGGGGAAUUGACCUACACGUUUAUAUGGAUGUUUCUGACAGCAGAAACGCUGAAAAUAACCACAGAUUUUGAUCUUAUGACGUUUGAACAACAGGACGUCUGUUAUCUGUUUCAUGCUGUUUCAAUCUGGCUCACUGUCAUAUUUUUUCUUUGUGUUGGUUUUAGCACGUUCUCAACGCGAAUUUCAACCAUUAUUUCCGUCACCGAUUUUUGUUGCGCACAAUUUUUUUUCCGUAAUGGUAUAAAUAUUCUGUUCAUGUAGAAUAUUAUUUACGGUUGGACACUGUCCGUCUAGAAGCACCUUCUACUGACCCAACUCUUAUCCUCCCGAGAUGAAAAUAGUCGAAAUGCAAUCGCAGAUCUCAAAAGCGCUAAUUGUUCAAAAAAUCAGUAGCAUUCUUACGGUCAAGGGUAGCGAUUAAUCCGGGCGAUUAAUUAAGCAUGCUUUUUCUUCUGGCUUGUAAGUAAGCUGAAUUAAAAGUAUUCUCAUCUAAUCCUACCAGAGAUGUCUAACAAUGGAAAUCACUUCUAACAAUAGCCUGUCAAAGGUGGGAGUAACGGAAAACAGAAAUAAAGGUAUUUACGCCGGCAGAAUGCUUUAUUAAUUGCUAACCCUGGCGACCUUGUGGUUUACGUGCGUCUAGAAAACAAUUUGACUGGCUUAGCGUGCAAGCGUCACGUUUUUAAACCUACAGAAAUCCAGUGCAGUAUUUGUAGUUAACGUCAAACGACUACAGAAGUUAGAUCGGUGAAGUGAUCUGCUACAGCAAACUGGAACGAGCUGACAGAAAAUGCCAAACAAUCUUAAAACGUUGAAUACGUUCUCCGAGCUAUUCAACGAAGGCGUUGUACAUCGAAGCAUUCCUCCAUGUUCGGCAAGUUUAUUUACCACACCAAACCCCACAGUUAACGGAUUCUGUGAAAGCUCUCCCUCCGAUAUUUGCGACAGAAUGCUCAAGAGUAUAAGAGCUCACAGUGGCGCAUUGGAUUUUAAAGCUUUAAGCACACCUCAGUCUAUUCAAGACGAUAACAUGACUUCGCCAGACGCUCGACUUCGCUGCAAUCAUUUUCCUGAAGAAACUGUUCGCGAAAACAAGGAAAAAGGUGCGAGAAAUGAAGACAUUUCUUGGACAGAAAUCGACAUAAACAGCUUCCUGAGAUCUCAAUCAAAUUUGCCUCUAUCGACGCCAUAUGUGGGUUUGAGAAAUCGUUUAAAUGGACAAAAUGGUAUUUUUGGGAUGCAAAAUAUUACUGUCGUCCACGACAAAUCUCGUACUGGUGAACCAGCGACAGAAUGGAACAGAAUACAAAACGUGCCCGCUAGCAAGAGAACAUCGCCUCAGAAGGAUAAACAACCACAGGUUGAACGAUUGUUUAGUAUUGGAGACAAAGGCGAGGAGCUCAAUGAAUUUGACGAGCCUGUGGGAGUCACUUUCAACCCAGAUGGAGACAUCAUUGUCGCAGAUUACAACAACGACAGAUUACAAGUGUUUUCCAACGACGGAAACUUUAUACGCGUGCACGAUCAUUAUUCCAGGGAAAGCGGCAAGCGGUUCCCUUUCAUUUCUCCCACUGGCGUUGCUUGUGAUGCUUCCGGGAACAUUACAGUGGUUGAAAAAGGAAAAAACCGGGUUGUAGUUCUCUCGCCAGCUGGGACAAUUCUGCACGCUUUUGGUCGACAUGGCAGAGAACAAGGCCAAUUCAGGGGUCCCCACGGGGUUUCUGUAGACGCUCGAAGCCGUAUCAUCGUCACCGAUACCAUAAAUUGCCGCGUUCAGGUUUUCGACCACGAAGGAAACUACCUCUUUAUGUUUGGCAAUCAAGGACCUGGGAAACUGAACUACCCCUGUUUCGCAAUAUUUCAUGAGGGCCGAUUCUACGUUGCUGAUACCGACAAUGACUGUGUAAAAGUCUUCGACACCCGUGGGACGUUUCUGAGAACUUUUGGAGACAAUUUCAGCGCACCAUCUGGAAUUGCGGUUUACAAGAAUAAAUAUCUACUCGUUUGUGAUUAUAGCAAUGACUGUGUGAAGGUUUUUUCUCUCGAGGGACGGAUGUUGACCAAAUUUGGCACAAGAGGGGAGGGAAAGGACCAGUUUUUCGGGCCAGAAGCAGUGGCAGUGACUCGACAAGGAAAGAUUGCUGUGAGCGAUAAACUCAACUGUAGAAUUCAAAUAUUUGAUAUACGUAUUUAGUCGAUAUCAAGAUCUAUAUUGACAAUUAUAAGACAUUGAAAGAUAUCUAUCUAUUCUAUAUGCGACGAUACAAUUAUGUGUAUUUUUUAAUUUCUUCUAAGCUAAUAUGAACUUGAAACCCUCGGCUAAGAGAGAGAAACUCUGACUAUAGAAUCUUGAUAAGGAGACCGUUUUGUCAAUAGCAGUCAAUAGCAGUCAAUAGUCUUCAUUUGUUGUCGAGAACGUCAAAACUGAUUACCGGGAGUGAAACUAAAAAACUCAUUAAUUCUGCGUAAAUUUGCAUGCUAUAAUAGCGAAUCCUUUGUUAAAUUAGGCACUUUGAAUAAGUUGCCCCAGCGUGAAAUUGUUGAUCGAGCUUUAAGUCUCCCCAGUGUAGUUUAACGGUCGUUCAAAUUUCAAUAGCUGAGUUAGUCCUCCC